AUAAACACAUUCUCAUUUCCAAUUUCUUUUUUUUCUUGUCCUCCUCCUUCUUCUUCUUCUCUUCUUUCUUUCUCUCUCUCUCUCUGGCGCACACACUCUUCACGUUCCAUUUUCUUCAACCCAAAAAAAUCAAAAAAAUCAAAAAAAGAAAAAUAAAUACCAUUAGAUCAUCUGUAUUUGCAUCGGUUUGGCUCUGGAAAUUCACGUCUUCUGCAAUCGGAAGCGGAGAUUUGGGGAGGAGGAAGACGAAGAAAGGAGGAGAAAUAAGGGGGCAUAUUGAGGAGGAAGAAAAAGCCCUCAAGUUCUCACUAUGCCUCCUUCUAGAUCUUAGCUUUAUACUGAAGAAUUCCCAUCUGGGUUGUCGUUAAUCGGAAGAAAUCGAUUUGGGUAUUGUUGUUUCUGCUAAUUCAGUUUGUUCCUUUUGGCUUGACAAGUUUUGGGGCCUGAUUUCGGAGCUGGGUUAACCGGGAUCCGAUGUUUCUGGAUUGAAUCGGAGCUCAUCCAAGAGGUUUCAGAUAUACAGAUAGCUCUGUGGGUUAUUGUACAAUCUGACCCAAAGGAAAAUGCAAUCCGAUCUUGGGAAAUUGUUUGUUGGUGGAAUUUCUUGGGACACAAAUGAGGAACGCCUCAAGGGGUACUUCAGUAGUUUUGGAGAAGUUCUGGAGGCAAUGAUAAUGAAGGAUCGAAGCACGGGGCGCGCCCGUGGCUUCGGUUUCAUUGUCUUUGCUGAUCCGGCAGUGGCAGAGAAAGUCAUUAAGGAGAAACACAGUAUUGAUGGUAGGAUGGUUGAGGCAAAAAAGGCUGUUCCAAGGGAUGACCAGAGCACCAUGAGUAGAAGCAGUAGCAGCAUUCAGGGUUCUCCUGGUCCAGGACGCACUAGGAAGAUAUUUGUUGGAGGAUUGGCUUCGACGGUCACAGAAAGCGACUUCAAGAAGUAUUUUGAGCAGUUUGGGACUAUCACAGAUGUUGUGGUGAUGUAUGAUCACAACACUCAGAGGCCAAGAGGCUUUGGGUUUAUCACGUACGAUUCAGAGGAUGCGGUGGACAAAGUGUUGCUUAGAACUUUCCAUGAGCUAAAUGGUAAAAUGGUUGAGGUCAAGCGGGCAGUCCCCAAAGAGUUGUCGCCAGGUCCUACCCGAAGCCCACUUGGUGGGUAUAAAUAUAGCCUGAGUAGGGUCAAUAACUUCCUAAGUGACUAUAGUCAAGGGUACUCUCCAAAUGCUGUUGGGGGUUAUGGCCUGAGAAUGGAUGGCAGGUUCAAUCCGAUUCCUGGUGAUCGAAGUGGAUUUGCUGCUUCAUUUGGUUCUGGUUAUGGAAUGGGUUUGAACUUCGAACCAGGGUUGAACCCAAAUUUUGGAGGAAGUGCAAAUUUCAACAAUGCUCUCGACUAUGGACGGGGAAUGAAUCCUUAUUAUAUCAGUAAUUCGAACAGGUUCAGUAAUCCAGUUGGAUAUGAUGGAGGGAAUGGUGGAAAUGCUUCCUUUUUUAGCUCCGGGACUCGAAAUUUGUGGAGGAAUGGAGGGCUUAAUUACGGAACAAACUCAGCAGGCUCGAGUGCCUAUAUUGGGUCUGGAAGUGGAAGCAUUGGAGGUGCCUUCGCUGAUGGGGGGCUUAGUUGGGGUUCAACUCCCAUUUCUCCCCAAGGUGGAGGUAACAUUUCUAAUCAUGGUGGGAAUCUUGGUUACCGUGUUGGUAAUAGCAGCUAUGAUUUGGGAGGGGGAAGCUAUGGAAGAAAUGCUGCAACUAAUGGGCCCCCUUCAUCAUCCUAUGCUACAUCAAAUGGCGGUGAUGCAGCUUUUGGAGACUUCUAUGGUGGUAAUUCAGUUUAUGGGGAUUGGCUGUCAAAAGACUCUGAGAUAGAGGCAUCUGCUUCAUUUGGCUUUGGGCUCGGCAAUGGAAUUUCUGAUGGUCCUGUGGAAAGUUCCCCAAGCUAUGUUGGUGGUUAUAGUACUAAGAGGCAGGCAAACAGAGGAUUCGUUGGCUAGGAGGAUAUCAAAUACCAGUUUGUUUUAGUAGGCGAAGAAAUUCAGUGUAGCCGGUGAACUGUGAAUUUUGCAAACUCCCUCAUGGAUAUGUCUCGGUCAAAAGUUGAAACUCAUCAUCUUAGCUAGAGCUAACCUGGGGUGCCUGUUCUGAAGAAUUUAGGAUAGAAGUUACGAGGGAUUUUGUGUUAAGGAUUGAGUUUUGUGUUACAGUUUUAGGGUUUCUUUUUGGUAUUUGAGUGAGAUGUAAAAUCAGACUGCGGCAUAUAGUAAGAAAUGUAUCAUGCAUCUCUGGUGGGGCGAUGAUACAUACAAAUUAUAGACUACGAUUUUGGAUUUCAUUUCUAGUUUAUGGUUUCUUGCAACCAUGUUCUCUGCAAGGAUGCAGGUGUUUAUCAGGUAAUCCCUGUUUUUCUUGUUAACUUUCUUAUGUUUUGCUUUUCCUGGAAUUGUAAUACAGGUUGUUGUGAUUUACCAUUAUCAAACAUUUAAGAUUACCCACCUAGGGUCCUAAUGAAUAAGUUGCCACUUUUUUUGUU